AUGGUUUGCACCAGGAAGACCAAAACUUUAGUGUCCACUUGCGUGAUCUUGAGCGGCAUGACCAACAUUAUCUGCCUGCUCUAUGUGGGUUGGGUCACCAACUACAUCGCCAGUGUGUACGUGAGGGGGCAGGAGCCGGCGCCUGAAAAGAAGCUGGAGGAAGACAAAGGGGACACCCUGAAGAUCAUUGAGCGACUGGACCACCUGGAGAAUGUUAUCAAGCAGCACAUCCAAGAGGCUCCUGCGAAGCCUGAGGAAGUAGAGACUGAACCCUUCACAGACUCCUCAUUGUUUGCACACUGGGGCCAGGAGCUCAGCCCUGAAGGCCGGCGCGUGGCUCUGAAGCAGUUCCAGUACUAUGGCUACAACGCCUACCUCAGUGACCGCCUGCCCCUUGAUCGGCCUCUGCCAGACCUCAGACCCAGUGGGUGCCGCAACCUCUCGUUCCCUGACAGUCUGCCGGAGGUGAGCAUCGUGUUCAUCUUCGUCAAUGAAGCUCUCUCCGUGCUGCUGCGCUCCAUCCACUCAGCCAUCGAGCGCACACCUUCACACCUGCUCAAGGAGAUCAUCCUGGUGGAUGACAACAGCAGCAAUGAGGAGCUGAAGGAAAAGCUGACAGAAUAUGUGGACAAGAUGAAUGGCCAGAAGCCCGGUUUCAUCAAGGUUGUGCGACACAGCAAGCAGGAAGGCCUCAUCCGCUCCAGGGUCAGCGGCUGGAGGGUGGCAACGGCACCUGUCGUGGCGCUCUUUGACGCCCAUGUGGAGUUCAAUGUGGGUUGGGCUGAACCUGUCCUCACCCGUAUAAAGGAGAACAGGAAACGAAUCAUCUCUCCAUCCUUUGAUAACAUCAAAUUUGACAACUUUGAGAUAGAAGAGUACCCACUGGCUGCCCAGGGCUUUGACUGGGAGCUUUGGUGCCGCUACCUAAACCCCCCAAAGGCCUGGUGGAAGCUGGAAAACUCCACUGCCCCGAUCAGGAGCCCUGCCCUCAUUGGCUGCUUCAUUGUGGACCGGCAGUACUUCCAGGAGAUUGGCUUAUUGGAUGAAGGCAUGGAGGUCUACGGAGGAGAGAAUGUCGAACUCGGGAUCAGGGUGUGGCAAUGUGGUGGGAGCGUGGAGGUCCUUCCCUGCUCAAGGAUCGCCCACAUCGAGCGAGCGCAUAAGCCUUACACUGAGGACCUCACCGCCCAUGUCCGCAGGAAUGCUCUCAGAGUGGCUGAAGUCUGGAUGGAUGAAUUUAAAAGUCAUGUCUACAUGGCGUGGAACAUACCCCAAGAGGACUCAGGGAUUGACAUUGGGGACAUCACCGCUAGGAAGGCCCUGAGGAAGCAGCUGCAGUGCAAGACCUUCCGGUGGUACCUGGUCAGCGUGUACCCUGAGAUGAGGAUGUACUCAGACAUCAUUGCCUAUGGGGUGCUGCAGAAUUCUCUGAAGACUGAUUUGUGUCUUGAUCAGGGACCAGACACUGAGAAUGUUCCCAUCAUGUACAUCUGCCACGGAAUGACGCCACAGGGAGGCCCCAUCCAGAACCGCAAGUCCAAGCGCUGCCUGGAGCUGCAGGAGAACAGCGAUAUGGAGUUUGGCUUCCAGCUGGUGCUACAGAAGUGUUCGGGCCAGCACUGGAGCAUCACCAAUGUCCUGAGGAGCCUGGCGUCCUGA